UUUGCAAUAGAUCGAGUCAAUUUCGGCUGCCUUGCUUAAUCAGAUCAGGAUCCCUUCGCAUGUAGUUGUUUGAUGACGUGUCCAAUCUCGCGCUUUACUCAAUCAUGGGAUUCCAUAUACAGGUGUAUUGAAUUUCACAUUUACGGACAACACAAGCAGCUCAAGUUGGUAAAUAAUGACAUGAUGGAACUACAUUUCCGGCGAGAUUUGGAAGAACUCAAUUACCAUCGAUUGUGCCUACCACUGCGUUCUUCUCUACCGCGAUGGUGUCCACUGUGGACGGGAUUUUUCUAUAGCCAAGAGGGGUCGAACAAGAGCGUCAACGAACUGGACGAUUUAAGCGAGGCGAUCAAACGGAGAAGACAAGAAAGGGAAAGGGAAAGAGAGAGGGAAAUAAAACUGGAAAAAGAAAGGGAUGAACUAAGAAAGGAGAUGGAACGAAGGAUACAAGAAAUCGAAAGAGAAAUUACACGACAGGAGAUGAAACGAAAAAGACAAGAAUGGAUGUAUGAAUUGUUCGAAAUGAACUCCCUGGGAUAUAUGCUCUUCAAUUCCGCGAGACUUGGAGACUUUGCAGAGCUUGCUGACAAAAAGAAUUUGGCAGAUAAAUGGGACGAAGUGAGAGUCGCGUUGGAAGAGCUAUUUCUCAAGAGAGACGAUGAUGUAUGGCUCAGCUUUAAACGAAAGAGAUACAUGGAGGCACUCGAUGAAUGUAAAGUGGAAUUGACAGAUCUGAUUCGGAAGAUUGAGAAGUCUAAACGGCUCUUACUUAAUGCAAUGGAACAGAUGAAAGUUGAUACGUCGGAAAUACAACGAUCACUAUUGACGUCAUUGAGAAGGAUAAAAGCUCACAUGCCAGACAGAAAUCCACACAGAAAUGAAGAUCUAAGCGAACACUGGUGGGCUAAAUUCCGCGAAAUGAUCGACGAACUUCAGGAGUUUCUUCAGAAAAUUGAAAAUGAAAGUGAAAAACUGCGAAGAAAGAUUCGAGAGAGACGGAAAUUUAUCAAACGACAGAAUAAAGAGGAAUGGAGAGGUAGAAGACUUCUACAGAUUAACGAAGUCAAGGAAGAUGGGUUUAGUGAGAAGGGCAGCCUCAUAAGCUAUGUACAGUGGAAAACGGGGGACAAAAAAGUGGCAUCCAGUGAUUUGUUACCCGGAGGAGAUUGUGGCCCUUCAAACCAUAUAAUGAUUGUCUCAUUGUUGAGAACAGGAAAGCAAAACAUGCUUGUGGAGGGACUCAAUGAUGGUGCUUUGAUGAUUCAAAUUCAGCUGAAAAACACAACUGAACUGAAACGCAAAAGAAAUAAUGUUCAUACACCUGUAAAUUGUAAAAAGACUGUUUUCAUUUUUGAUCUGUAUCAUAUUGAUUUAUGCUUUACUGUGAACAUGAAGUGUGCAAAAGGAUUGCGUGUGAUGAAUGACAUUUUUUUACUGUCUGGAAUGGUUUCAAGACUGUGUGGACGCAUUUCAUGUCUGAAAGAAUUGCUGAGAAGUCAAUCAGAUGACAGGUAUCUACUUGAUUCUAAGAAAGAUGAUGAACUGCCAGUGCAGUGUGAAACUGAAAUCAUGAAUAAUGAAGCCAUAAAAAAAGAGAAAAAUGUGGUCAACUUGAGAACCAGAACUCUGGAAAAUCCUGAUGGAUCUUUGGACGUAUCCAAUGAAUUGCAACUGACACCUGAAGACAGUACUUAUAACGAGCUCUGUAUAAAGAUACGCCCUUCAGAAAGUUCUUCACGUUCAUUCAAUUCUGAUAAAGCAAUGGUCGAAAUGCAAGCACAUGGUCAUCAGAUGAGAGUAGAUGAAGCAAGUUCAAUGAAUGAUUGGGGAAAAGUCAUUGAGGACCCUCAUAAAACCCACAAAUUGCACAAACCAACAACUGAAUUGCAACCGGCACAUGCUUUUAAGGAUUAUCCAUUCAAACAAUUGUAUGAUAUGCCAACUCCAUCCAGCUUGGUAGUUUCAGUCAAAGAUGCUGAGGGGGGAUCUGUCCAUAAAACAGAAACUGUCGAAAAACCGAACAGACUGAGGCUGUCUGUAGCCCCAAGUCCUUCAGAAAGUUUAGAUGAUACCGAUCGAGGAGGAGGGAAGAUGACAUGCUCUAUCAAAGGUGUAUUAGGCUCUUUGAAGGCAAAUUCAUUUGCCUUCAAAGAGCCUUAUUCAUCCCCAGUGCCUGUUAAAGAAGGCAUCGAUUGGAUGUUCACAGAUCUUCCAAUACCAAAACUUGAAGAGAUGACAGUGUUUUACACUGACCGAUUUGAACCUUUGUGCCUAAUUAUCAGCCAGAUUGCGGAAGGGAAGUCACCAAGACCUCAGGUAACCAUGAGGUAUGAACUGCUACGUCUAUGUACCCUCAGAACCUACCCAAGAGAUAACAAGCCCUUUCUGAUAAAAUAUGCAGCUGCAGGGUUCUACUACGCCUCUGAUGGUGAUGGCGUUGUUUGCUACUGCUGCGGCAUACGUCGUUAUGGAUGGGUGGAAGCAGAUGAUCCAAUGGAGGUUCACAAAAGAAUCAAUCCAAGAUGCAAAUUUAUUAUAAACAACAGUGAGCACAAUGUUCCAGCCAUGGCAGAUGGACCUUUAAGGAAAAAAGUUGCAGAUUUAGACAUGAUUCCUGACUGUAUUCGAUCCCCAAGCCCAGGAGAAGAUGUGAAUAACAGUCAGAGAACGAGAACUGGUGUCCAAAUGGCGAUACCAAAACACCCCCACAUGGCUAUUAAAACUGUAAGAGAACAGUCCUUCAAUGGAAAUUGGCCCAACACACCAAAAUAUUCACCUGUUCAACUGGCUGAUGGUGGAUUCUUUUUCACAGACCUUGGUGAUUGUGUGCGUUGUUUCUUUUGCGGCAUAGGACUGAGACACUGGGACAAAGAUGACGACAUGUGGGUUGAACAUGCACGUUGGUCACAGAACUGCACUUUCCUCAUACAGAAAAAAGGACAGAACUUUGUCGACUUGGUUCAGCUUGCGGUUGAGCAACUUGAUGACUCCGACCAAUCAUCCAACACUUUGUACAAGAACCUGGUCAGUGAAGCUUCUCAGAAAGUUUUGGAUCAGUCUGAAUACACACCACAACAAAUCAAACAAGCCAUUGUUGCUAUGUUAGCUAUUGACAGCAACACCAUUGUAACAGUUACUUCACUGAAACAGAAAGUUGCCGAGCAAAUACUUGCAUCCGAUACAAGUAUUAAACGCAGUGAGGGAAUGGGAGAUGCUGCAGAACCUCCUGCCAGGAAUUCUGUUGUAACCAAUGAGCCGUCAGACAAUCCAGAAGAUAUCAAACAGGAGAAUGAGCAAUUAAAGGAGCAGACGCUGUGCAAAGUAUGUCUGGACAAUAUCGUCAGUAUCGUGUUCCUUCCAUGCGGUCACCUAGUUACCUGUGCAGACUGCGCCCCAGCCCUGAGAAAGUGCCCCAUAUGUCGUGCAGAUGUCAAGGGCACUGUACGAACCCGCAUGAGUUAAACAGCACGAAUUUUUUUUUUUUUUUUUUUUUUUGGGUUUUGAGUAUUUUAUUAUUUUAUUCUCGAAAAGCAUCAAGCUUUACACAAGUACCGGAACACAGAGAUCAUAUAUAUUUUGAGAUAAUAUGUAGCUAAUCACGUAAGGACCAAAAACAGGGAAUGAAAGAAGAGCCUUAAAAAAAAUAUAUUUGAAAAAAGAGA